AUGUGAAAAGUCACAGAGGACAUGUGCAGUCACCUUCAGCUCUGCAUCAUGUGAACCUGCAAAACACAUGUGUCAUUGUUUAUGGACCUGUAGGCAGGCAGCUAGGUGUCCCCCAAACUCUGUCGUCAUCCUGUCACGACCGCUGCACGUAGCGUGUAGAUGCCAUGAUCAUGUUCCUCCUCCUCCUCCUCAUCCUCCUCCUCAUCUGUGUGAUACACUAGGGGCUUUCAUUUUUACACACGAUGGCCAUGAAAUAAUACGAGUGUCGAGUUGUCUGUGCAGUGCUGUCUUCCAGCCCCCUUCAGCACCUGGGGUAUUUGUGCACCACCAUGCAAGCGGCAGGCUCCGCACCAGCUGAUACCGACGCUACUGUAAACAGUAGCAGCAGCUCCGCAGACGUCGACGACAGAGACGGGGCAGGGGAGAGGAUGGAGAGGACGGUGCCAAGCGAGCAGCAGGACAGGACCAACAACCACCAGCAGCAGCAAAUGUCCUUAACGCCGUCCGGUGUGCUCGAUAAACUGUUUGGCAAGCGACUUCUGCAGGCCCGACACUACAUCAUGUCUCGGAAGUCCUGGCUAAAGAUGGUUCCCGCCGAAAACUGUGACAUCCUGAUGACAUUCCCAGACACAAUAGAUGACCACACUCUGCUGUGGCUCCUGAAUCAGAUUCGCGUUGGAAUCCCACAGGUCAGCAUUCAGGUUCGACAGCAUAAACACACCCAGGCAAACGCCUUCUUCAUUACGACAACGUUUGAGAACUUACUGCGAGGAGCAGAGCAGAUGGGCAUGUACAAGACUGUUAAACCACAGUUUGGUGGUGGCAUGCGGCGCUUUUCCUGUGAAGAAGACAACAUCUAUGAGAACAUAGAGAGCGAGUUCUGCUUUUUCACCUCACAGGAGCGUCAGAGCAUUAUAAAGUACUGGCUGGACAACCUGCGAGCCAAACAGGGGGAGAUGCUUCACAACAUUCACUUCCUGGAAGGACAGCCAAUCAUUCCAGAGCUGGUGGCUCGGGGAGUGAUCCAACAAAUGUUUCCUCUUCACGAACAGAGGAUACUCAACCAGUUGAUGACAUCUUGGGUCCAAGCUGUGUGUGAAAGGCAGCCCCUUGAUGAUAUCUGUGACUACUUUGGAGUGAAGAUUGGGAUGUAUUUCGCCUGGCUGGGUUUCUACACCAACUCCAUGCUUUACCCUGCAGUCAUUGGCUUCCUGCUCUGGAUACUAGCAGAGGCCGACCAGACCAGUCAGGAUGUCUGCUGUGUGGUUUUUGCCCUGUUCAACGUUGUGUGGGCAACUCUGUUCCUGGAGCGCUGGAAGAGGCGUGAGGCGGAGCUGGCUUACAGGUGGGGCACUCUGGACACCCCCGCCGAGUCCUUGGAGGAGCCCAGGCCUCAGUUCAGGGGAGUGAAGCGCUGCAGCCCCAUCACAGGCUGUGAGGAGUUCUACUACCCCCCCUGGAAGAGAGCUCUGUUUAGAUGGCUGGUCAGCCUGCCCAUCUGCAUCCUCUGCCUCGGUUUUGUCUUCCUCGCUAUGCUCCUCUGCCUGGAACUGCAGGAAGUGGUGAUGGAGAUUCAGGAGCUACCAAGUAUUACAAGAUUCAUUCCUAAAAUACUUCUGGCCAUUACUGUAACCAUAUGUGAUGAAGUGUAUAAGAAGAUUGCCUACUGGCUCAACGACAUGGAGAACUAUAGACUUCAGAGUGCCUAUGAGAAUAAUCUCAUCAUCAAGAUGGUUUUUUUUGAAUUCAUCAAUUCUUACCUUAGCCUUUUCUACAUUGGAUUCUACCUCAAGGACAUGGAACGGCUGAAGGAGAUGCUAGCUACUCUUCUAAUUUUCCGCCAGUUCCUACAGAACAUCAAAGAGGUCCUCCAGCCUUACCUGUAUGAGCAAAACAAGCUGGGUGUCUUCACCCCAAAGGUGCUGUGGGAGCUGCUCCAGGCCAUCAUGCUCAAGUACGGCCGCCUCGCUCUGGGAAAGGCCCAGGCCUCCAUGACAUCCUAUUCCUUUUUGGGUCCCAAAGGGAUCCCCGUCAGCCACGCUGCCAACGGUAACCCUGAGCCAAAGAGAAGGGGGGACCUGAAGGCUGGGUUCAGGCUGUCAGAGGAAGAGUGGGACAUGAGUGACAGUGCCAUGAAGCACCGUAAAGUCAGCUUCACGGAGAAGGUCGACUAUCAAGAUGUCACAACAGAAACCCAGGUAGUGGAUGACAGUUUCCUGGAGGACAGCCCCACGCUGGUAGAGGACGGGAUGGAUCCUUCCAGCAUUUUUGACAGCUGCGACGAGGACAGCGAUUGUGAAUUGCUGUCUCAACAGGACACCAAGGAGAAUGCUACUGUGUCCUCUCCAAAGGAAUCUGACUCUCUCUGUCAGAGAAGAAAGAACAUAGGUGAGGAAAAAGACAACAAGAAGUCGUGGAUCGAUCCGCCUGAAGAACCCAAAACUGUCACUCUGACCCAGGCAGAGAUUGAGAGCUGCAUGCAGACAUAUGAGGACACGCUCCAGGACUACCAGGAGAUGUUCAUUCAGUUCGGCUAUGUGGUGCUCUUCUCCUCUGCGUUUCCCCUGGCGGCCAUGUGUGCCCUUAUCAACAACAUCAUCGAGAUUCGCAGUGACGCCCUGAAGUUGUGCACCGGCCUGCAGAGACCCUUCGGACAGAGGGUGGAGAACAUCGGACAAUGGCAGACUGCGAUGGAAGCCAUGGGCCUGAUAGCCAUCAUAGUUAACUGUUACCUGAUUGGCCAGUGUGGGCAGCUCCAGCGUCUGUUCCCCUGGCUGAGUCCUGAGAUGACCAUCAUCUCCAUUGUCUUACUGGAGCACUUUGCAAUCCUCCUAAAGUACGUCAUCCAUGUUGCCAUCCCUGAUAUCCCUGGCUGGGUAGCAGAAGAGAUGGCCAAGCUAGAGUACCGACGAAGGGAAGCUUUCAAGAAGCACGAGCUGCAGGCCCAACAGCACUUCCAACAGCAGCUCAGGCGCCGGCGUGAAGAAGAGGAGCUUCAGCGUCAGGCCGAGCUGCAGGCCGAGGCCCGUCAGGAGAGUGACUACCACAAGGCUGACACACAGCACCAGCACCACCACGACAAAGCACAGGGAAGCAAGCAAGGGGACAAGCCCAAGAGACCGAGCUCCCUUCUGGGAAACAACAACGUAAUGAAGCUAAAGCAGAUCAUUCCUCUUCAGGGGAAGUUCUCCUCUGGUACGUCACGCUCACCAGCCCAGUCGCCAACAGGGGGUGAAGCAAAGCUCCCUGGUUUUCUCAAGUUCUUGAAGUCACCUGAGGUGAAAAAGGAGCCAGCAGUGGCAGCUGGAGCAACGCAAGGCUCAACCGUGACCUCUUCGGUUCCCCCCAGUGGCCAGGACAGGUCACAAUCCCCCAACAGGACUUUUAGUCCUGGGAAGCUGUUCAGCUUUAGCAAGUCAGAGGGAACUGUGGUGUGUUCAAAUGGGACGCAGCCACCAAGCCAAGCAGCUAAUGCACAACCUCACAGGGCUGACGCAACCCCAGAGGAAUUACCCUCUAAUGAGUCAGAUAAAGGAGAAUCGAGACAAGUGACUGAUUUAGAAAACUCAAAGACCUAAUAAAUCCUCGACUUUACCAGUAUAAUAUUCAAUAUUGAAGAUCAAUGUACAGAUGUUCAGGCAACACUGCAGCGCAAUGCCCCUGCAGAGUAGGAGAGCCUGCAAGUAUUGAUACUACUGAUGCAACUUCUCACAAAGCAUUACACUGUAUCUAUCAACACUUUAUUAUCUAGCUUCCAUGUAAAAAUGUACAGAAAGCCUAACUCCUUAAACGGGGCUCGGGUAAACUUAACUGAAGGUUAAACUACUGCAUGUCUGCCUGGUUUCAACACCACAAGAACAAGUUGAUGUGAAGGAUCUUUUCCUGAAAUCCUGGACCUGGUCACCGAUGCGCCCUUUUGUCAAAAGGACAUGAACAGCAGCGUCCCAUUCCAGGUUGGUUUCUCUCACUUUGAUGUCUGUAUUAAAUGCAUGUUGCAUCACGAGCAUGCAUUACACGUCCAUCACGUCUUUUCAGUUGUGAAGCACUCCUCAGAGCCAUCGUAUUCUUUCGCAAUAGGUCAGAUAUAUUCACUGUGACCAUAAAAAAAGUAAUCUAUUUUUAUUAACUUUGAUUUUCUAUGAAUUAUUUUACUACAUAAAUUAGUGAAUGUACUUCUAUGAUGCAAAUAAUUCUCACUUGAAUAAACGUCCAUCAAGAGAUGAUGCACUGGCUGUGUUAAUAAAUAUCACUGUAUUAAUGUGUCUGAGCAGGCUGCUGGGGCGAUAUGUUACCUGGAUUAAAAAUGUAAUUCCAAAUUA